AUGAACAGGAAGAUCUCGUAUCCCAUCCUUCAGGGCCAGCCUGAGCCGAGCGAAGCGCCGUCGGUUGAAGCACCCCCCGCCGUAACAAAGGGGCUGUCCUCCCCUCGGCAACAGCACCACCAGCGCCCGCGCGCCACGCCCCCGACGACCCCACGAUCCGACUCGCUCCCCAUGACUCAGUUGUCACCGAGAUCUCAUUCACUCAAAGCGUCCUCCCACCAUAGAUCACCUCGGUUGGGUCAGGACACGUUCGACAAUGAAACUAGGAGGCUCGGCACACCUGCUCGCUCCCCAGGCAACACAGGAGCCGGCCAUACGGCCGAGCUUUCCAAAGGCGGUCUGGCUGCCCAGCCGGUUCACUAUCGGAAACUGUCCUACGACGACAGCGUCCAUCCGAUACCAGAGGAGACUGCCGACCACACCCUACCAAUUAGCACAACCAGAACGCUCGAGUGGGAUCACUCGUGGCUCAGUCCGACCGCAAAAUCACCCAUCUCGAGGUACGUGGAAAAUCCGCGAUUCGACUCCAUCCAUCUUACUGACACUUGCUUUGCCUCAACAGACCCGAAAAAGCAUGGCAGAGCUUUGACGACACAUCGCGUGCCAAAAUCAUGCCUGGCACCUACAUGCCCACUCUUGCACCGGCGGCCGAGCUUCAGUCACGGACUUCCCUGGAGGAGGAGAAGCAGCCGUCGGGGUCGAGCGACGACGGCAGCGACAGUUCAGAAACAGCUCGGAAGAAGCCCGACGCGAAGCCUUCGGUGAUGCUCCUGUUCGCUCUCACCUCCCGGUCCGACCGUUUCACCAUCGUUCUCCCCGCAACCAUCCUAUCGGUUCUCGCAGGUCUGGUCGCCCCUUACAUGACCGAGGUGAUCGGAAAGGCUUUCGGGACCUAUUCGAACUAUGCACUUGCCGUGAUGCACCAACCCCCUCUAUCGGCUGACCAACUUGCCGCCGCACGACAUACGAUGCUCAGUCAAUCACGCACUUCGGCGAUCACGUUCGCCGGUAUCGGCGUGGCGAUCUUUUUUCUUCAAGUGUCGUCAACUUGGAUGUGGACCAUCCAUGGUGAGAGGGUCGUUAGAGCACUGCGGAAAGAAGUGUAUGAAGGUGUGAACAAGAGAAGUAUAGGGUGGUUCGACAUGGGCAUGGGCGUCGACACUUCUGCCGAUAGUGACGAGGAGGAGGUGGAGGAUGGUGAUGAGGAAACGGGAGCGGGCAGUGGAGGUCUCGUGGGCAGAUUCACGAGGUGAGCUGUCCACGUUGGUCAUCUAAGAAUAGGAUAUUUUAAUCACUGAUUCUACCAACAUGCCAAACAGAGAAACUGACGAUGUGCGGAUGGCGACCUCGGCGACAUGCGGGCUCGUCGUUCAAUACCUCACUUCGUUCUUCGUGGCCCUCGGGAUCUCUUUUUACCGCUCCUACAUGCUCACUUUCGCUGUCCUCGGUUGCUUCCCCAUCAUCGCAUUCGUUGUUUCCUCUACGGAGAGUAGAGCGCACUCUCUGGUCCUCGAAGAUCGCGAAUACUCGACCAAGUCAGCAUCCCGCCUCGAUCGCAUCCUCGGAGCCAUCCCGACCGUCAAAGCCUUCAACGCAGAGGAGCGCGAGGUCAAGUCCUUUUCUGCGCUCACCAACAUCGCUUUCAACGUCUACAACCGUCUACACUUUAUUUGGGGUCUGCGAGGCGGUAUCGUGCAGUUCAUCAUCAUGGCCAUGUUUGUGCAGGGCUUUUGGUUCGGGUGGUGGCUCGUCAGUCACGGCAAGGCCUCGGCGCAGUCGAUCAGCACUUGCUUCUGGGCUUGCCUCGUCGCUUCGAGUUACGUCCAGUCUUGCGUGCCACUCUUGGUCACGAUCGAAAAGGGUAAAGUCGCGAUGGCUGGAGAGCUCAAUCUGGCUAGGCAGACCGAGAUCACUUCAGGCCCAGAUGCGAACCGAAACUCGGCGGUCGUCAAGGAUCCUCGCUCGUCGAAGGAGACUUCCCGAGGAGGUCGCAGCAAGAGCAAGCACUUUAGAGGCGCAUCGAAGGACAGUUCCGUACCGCUGCGCGAUAGUAAGACGUCUUCGAUCGCAUUGAGUGAGCUGCGACGUGAGAGUAGUUCCCCGCCUCUCGUCUCCGUCCCCAUGUCGACGAGCGCUCCCGUGUUCAUCCCCGUCAACGGUGCGAUGAGCAAGAAGCAUCGUGGCCAAUCUGCCCCUCGUGCGCUCCGCAAGGUCCAGCCCUCCAUCUUCACAGGCGAGCUGUCCCUUCGAGGCGUCACUUUUCACUACCCUUCGCGACCUCACCCUGCUCCCCCUGUCCUUCAAGACGUCAGCUUGUACCUCGCCGCUCGGGAAACGACCUUCAUUGUCGGUGGAUCAGGAAGUGGCAAGUCGACCGUCGCGAGUCUUCUCAUGGGUUUGUACACACCUGAAUCUGGACGUGUCGAAGUCGAUGAACAAGGUCUGGAAUGGAUAGACGACGAGUGGCUUCGAUCGCACGUUGCUUGCGUCUCUCAAGGCGCGGCUAUCAUCUUUGAAGGUACCGUUCACGAGAACGUUGCGAUGGGUGUCGUAGGUCAAGUACGGGAAGACGGGACCCGUAGGAAGAUUGAGGAUGUGACUCGGGAAGAGGUGACCACCGCGUGUCGGGGUGCGUUGUUGCACGAUUUCGUACGCGACCUUCCUGAGGGUUACGAUACUUGGUUGAGUGGCGAGAAGGGUGCUGCGCUCAGUGGAGGUCAACGACAACGACUUGCCAUUGCAAGGGCUUGGAUUCGAAACCCGACGGUGUUGAUAUUGGGUAGGUUAUCGUUAUAAAACGAUAUAAAUGAAGUGACCUCUGACCGUUUCUUUCCUUGCACUUUGUACAGAUGAAGCUACGUCGGCGCUCGAUGCCACUUCUCGUCUGCUCGUCUCGGAGGCCGUCAAGGCAUCUCGCAAGAACAGGACCACCAUCAUCAUCACCCACGACCUUUCCGCGAUCGAGGAGAACGACUUUGUCUACGUCAUGGCCGAUGGACAAGUCGUCGAGCAAGGCUAUCGACGCGACCUCGAAGCAGUCGACUACGGUCCUUUCAACCAGCUUGCGCAGCAACAGCAGCAACUACCGCGUCUUGAGCUCGGAGAGGAAGAGACUCAGAUGAACGACACAGACGUGUUAGAGGAACUUUCUGCCGAGUUCUUGGGCACCCAGUCAGCUACGCGGUCUUCCUACUGGCCUCAAUCAAAGCACAACAGUCGACGAGCUUCGUCCAACUGGGGUUUUCCGGGAACUGGCUUGAUGGGCGGUGGCAGUGGGGUGUGCAAUGUGGCUCGGGCUUCUCGAGAUCUUCAAAAGGCUCGUCGGGCCUCUAUGGGAUACAAGACGACCUCCAGCUCAUUGGCGGUCCCCACCGAGCCGCUGCCGCGGCGUCACCCCUCUUCUGGACAGGGGUCAGUGUCGUCGCGCGACCAUACUUCUUCCAAGAUGGAGCUCGGCUCCACCUGUUCCUCGCCUUUCAGAUUGGAUGAAAGCAUGGGCCGCCGACGAGACUCGAGUCUCUCCUUCGUCGUCCUCGAACAGCUCGCCUCAGCCGCAGUCGCUCGACGACCUGUCAUCAACCGCGUCAAGCACGAUUCGUACAUCGAAGGGUCCGAGUUGAGCACGACCCCUCACGUCAGCGAAAAAGGCGCCAUUGGCGACGUCGUAGUCGAGAUGACUUCGGAUCGAGCCCCGCGCAAGGUCAUGUCUUUGUUUCGAAUCGCGCGCGAGUUCUAUCCGACCUUGCCCAACAAGAUGGCCCUUUUCCUGGGCCUCUUCCUCUCGAUUGUCGUCGGUGUUUCUACACCCGUGUUCUCCUUCUUGUUGGCCAAGCUCAUCGCCAACCUCGCCAACCCUCACGCCGGAAAAGUCGUCACCAGAACCUCGUUGCUCGUGCUCCUCGUCGCGGCCAUUGACGGACUCGCCGACUUCUUCAAAUUCUACAUCCUCGAACGCUGUGCAAUGGGAUGGAUCACCUCCCUUCGCUGCCGAGGUCUUGCACUUGUACUUCGCCAAGACAAGUCGUUCUUCGACCGACCGGAGAAUACGACCGGGGCUCUCGUUCAUUCCCUCGUCAAGGACGCCGAGGACGCCCGCUUGCUCGUCGGCACCGUCAUCAGCCAAGUUCUCGUCUGCGCCACCAUGCUGCUUUUGGGCGUCUUUUGGGCCAUGGCUACCGGUUGGGAGUUGACCCUCGUUGGGGUUGGUUUUGCACCCAUCUUCCUUUUCCUUACUCGAGGUCUUCAGGUGCUGCACGCUAAGCACGAGGCGCGCAAUAAGGUGCUACGCGAAAAUGUGGCGAGGCGGUUCCAUCUCGUGAGUUUCCACUAGUCUAGAGUUUUGACGGAAGCCUUUUUGAGCUCACAAUAAUUCUCUUUGUACCCCUUGUAGAACGUUUCCAAUAUCAAGGCGCUUCGCUCCAUGUCGCUCGAGUCCGUCGUCCUUGCCAAGUUCGAACACACUCUCCGCGAGACGUACGCCGGAGCGAUGCGAGCUGCCCCUCUCGCAGGGAUGGGCAACGGUGUCACAUUAGGACUCACAUUCGUGGCUGAGGGUAAAUAAUGACCUUCUGCGCUAUUGUUGCUUCAAAAUUGCUGAAUACUUCAUGGACUCCUCUGCAGCUGUCAUGGUCUACGUCGGCGCCUUGCUGAUCGCGAACGGUCGCUACGACUUUGAAAAAAUGGCGACGAUUUUCUCCCUCAUCAUUUUCUCGAUGACUUAUGCCGCACAAAUCGCGAUCUAUAGUACGUUCGUAAAAAAUUCGUAAUCGACCAACUGCCCUCUCAAGCUUACCUUGUUGUGUUUCCCGUAGUGCCAGCCAUCACCAAAUCCCAAGAAGCCAUCAUCGAUCUCUCGCGCCUCUUGGAACUCGACACCAACACCUCCGAAUCGGAAGGUUCGAUGGUCUUCCCCGUCCAGGGAGCGAUCUCGUUCAACAAGGUCGACUUCUCGUACCCUUCGCGAGCGGAUGUCCCCAUCUUGCGAGAGAUCUCAUUCUCGAUCAAAGCGGGGGAAUGUGUUGGGAUUGUUGGGUGAGCCUGCCACCGAUUACGUCGUCUACUUGAAACCGUUACUGACCCAUUCAAACUACUCGCAGUUCAUCCGGAUCGGGAAAAUCAACUGUCACCGCCCUCCUUCAACGUUUGUACGAGCCCUCGAACGGCUCGGUCCUUCUUGACGGUCGACCCCUCUCCCGCGUCGAUGUCAAGUUCCUCCGCAAUCACGUCGCCGUCGUUUCCCAACACCCCGUCCUCUUCGACCUCUCGAUCGCAGACAACAUCUCCUACGGUUGCAAUCUCUCCGAACCUCGACAUGCACUACAAGCUAAGAUCGAACGAGCCGCUCAACUCGCUCAUGUUCACGAUUUUAUCAAAACCCUUCCCCGGGGCUACGAGACCAAGCUAGGUGAAAACGCGUCGCUCAUCUCCGGAGGCCAACUGCAACGUCUCCAACUCGCCCGAGCAUUGAUGCAAGAUCGAGAGAUCCUCUUGUUGGAUGAAUGUACCUCGGCUUUGGACGCUACGAAUCAAGCUUUGGUGAUGCAGACGAUUGAGGAGGUCAAGAAGGGACGCACGACUAUUAUUGUGACGCACAAGUUGGAUGUGAUGAGGAGGUGCGAUCGGUUAAUUGUGAUACAUGAGGGACGGGUAGUGGAGACGUGAGUACCACAUCGUAUGCGGUCGUUUCUUUCUUGUAACCAGGGACAGAAAACUGACAGCCAUCGCGUUCAUCCACAACAGAGGAACGGUGGAUGAUCUUCGUGCACGCGGUGGCCACUUUGCCCAACUAGCAAGCGGAGGAGAAUGGGAAGCCUCAUAA